AGGGACUGCAGAAACAUGGAGAAAACAGAGGCCCCAGAGCUGUUACUGGAUAUUACCUGCAGCCUCCACAGGAGCAAGUCUGAGUUACCUCCCUACAUUCCGGAGCCUGGAAGCUCAUGCCAGCCGAGAGAAUACUUCGACGGGAGGACCCAGAUGUGCUGCAGCAAGUGUCCGCCUGGCUUCCACGCACAGGCCUUGUGCACCGAGACCUCAAACACUGAGUGUGCCCGCUGUGAGGACAGCACCUACACCAAGCUCUGGAACUGGGUGCAUGAGUGCUUGAGCUGUGACUCCCGCUGCACCUCUGACCAAGUAGAGACUCAAGCCUGCACCCCGGAACAGAACCGCAUCUGCACCUGCAGGCCAGGCUGGUACUGCACGUUAAGGAGGCAGGAAGGGUGCCGGCUGUGCGCGCCAUGGCGCAAGUGCCGCCCGGGCUUCGGCGUGGCCAAACCAGGAACUGCCGCGUCAGAUGUGGUGUGUGCUCCCUGCGGCCCAGGGACCUUCUCCGACACGACGUCAUCCACAGAUCCCUGCAGGCCCCACCGGACCUGCACCUCAGUGGCCAACCCUGGCAACGCAACCACGGAUGCCGUCUGCGCAUCCCGGCCUCCCACCUUGAGGCUGGCCCCAUGCCCAGCCCCCACGGCCCAGCCAGCGUCUACACAGUCCCAGCAAGUGGAGCCGACUCCAGGGCCUCGCACGGCCCCUAGCACCUCCCUUCUGUUCCCAAAGGGCCCAAGCCCCCCGACUGAAGGGCUCAGCACGGGCGACAUCUCUCUUCCCAUCGGACUGAUCGUAGGUGUGACAGCCUUGGGUCUGGUAUUCAUUGGGCUGGUGAACUGUGUCAUUAUGACCCAGAAGAAAAAGAAACCCUUCUGUCUACAAGGAGAAGCCAAAGUGCCUCACCUGCCUGCCGAUAAGGCCCGAGGUGCCCCCGGCCCCGAGCAGCAGCACCUGCUGACCGCAGUGCCCAGCUCCAGCAGCAGCUCCCUGGAGAGCUCCAGCAGCGCCGCAGACCGGAGGGUUCCCGCCGGGACCCCGCUGCCCGCGCCGCACACGGAAAAGGCCGCUGGGUCCGGGGAGGCCCGGGCCGGCUCCAGCCACGCAGCAGAGCCUUCCUCUGGCGGCCACGGGACCCAGGUCAACGUCACAUGCAUCGUGAAUGUGUGCAGCGGCUCCGACCAUGGCUCUCAGUGCGCCUCCCAGGCCAGCUGCACGACGGGGGACACGGAUGCCAGCCCCUCCGGCUCCUCAGAUGACGAGCAGGUCCCCUUCUCCAAGGAAGAAUCCUCUUUUCAGUCCCAGCCAGGGGCCCCCGAGACUCUGCUGGAGAACCCAGAGGAGAAGCCCCUGCCCCUUGGCGUGCCCGAUGCGGGGAUGAAGCCCAGAUAGCCAGACCGCUGGCCGGAGUGGUCUCCCGGUCCUUCUGGGCCCCCAUCCCCCAGGACUCUGGCUCUUUCUGGGCCGAAUUUUUAGUGGUCUUCACAGCCUCAGCCUUCCUCUCGUCUGCUGGCAGAGGGUGAGGCAGGGAGAACCGUGGAAAACCUCUCCUGCGUGGUGUGCAUCCUCCUCAGACGUGCUGGGUGGCCUGGGGCCGGCCCCCGCCUCUCGCAGAGCCGUCCCCCCGCCGGUCCUGCGAAUUUGGCUCUUGGAGCCCUUACUUUGUUUUUUUCUCCUCGGACACUCCCCAGCUCUGGCUUCCUGGGAGGCCCCAGCAUCCUGGCUUCCAGUGGGGCCUGCUGGGGAAGAGGGAGUCUGGGUGAGUCAUCUGCAGCGAAGGGGCAGUGCUCUAGCCCAGAAUGCCGAGACUGCAGGACGGCCCCAGCAGGGGCGGGGAGGGGGGGUGUCAUCGAUCAGAUGGUUCUGUUCAGGAGGGGGCGGCAACCCCUGAUGUGGACAGGGACCCCCGGUUACCUCGCACCACCUCCAAAUCCAGCACUGCCAGCGUCACCUCUUGGACAACGGUGUAAACACCAGGCACCUGGAGGGCCCAGCGAGCGACCUGCAUGAGUACUGUCCCUUGGGCAAGAUGGCAGACCUCUAGCCGAAAACCUCGUUUCCACAUGGGGCAAUCAAAAUGCAAAGACCCACUAUGCAUGCAAACAAGCCAACAGAAGGACAAAGCCAAACUCAGAGUUUGCUGUUCUCUGCUUUUGACCUUUACUCCCAUUUACCUACAGCUCCCAUGCAAGGCCACACCUCCUAUCAGGGAAUUUCAGGAACUGGAGAUGACUGAGCUCCCCGUGGCCAUCUCCCUCCUCCUACCUCAGCCUGGACCUUCCUCCACCUCCCUGGGAGGUGCUUUUCUUCCCCUCACCCCCUUCACUGUCCCUGGAGUCCCAGGCCCCAGGAAAACCCACGGGGCCACUUGGGUAUUGUGCCUGCCAUGAUCUCAAGUGGAUGUGAGAUGCUGAGAGCCAGUUUUGUGUCUGUGUGUGUGUGUGUGUGUGUCUGUCUGUCUGUGUCAUGUGCUAUUGGUCUGUGUAGCCAUGUUGUUGGGUUGAAUGGCCUGCCUAAAGCAGCUGAAACCAACAAUUUUGUCCAAGGAUUCUUUUCCAUUAAAAAGCCAGUCCACUUCCCCCAAACACAUGCCCCAGAGCCAUGCAGAGCAUGGACCUGUGUGGCCUUGACCAGAUUCUGGAAGCAAGAGGGGACUGCUGGAGAAGCCAGUUGGGUCCCAGGUACUUGGAUCCCUUGUUGAAAAAUUCCACUGGACUUGAACUUGGCAGCUGAACUCUUGGAGGGUAGGAGGGUCCAGACGUUACCAUGAAGAGACAGUAACAGCUUCCCAGAAAAUCAGGAUUCCCCUAGAGUCAGGAUAUCCUACUGCCUGGACUGGCCAGGCAGGGUCUCUGCCCACAUUGGACGCUGGGUGGCGAUGGAGCGUGUCUGCCCCCUGGUGGGCCACCCUGGACCUCAGGCCUCACCGCCAUUUCCCGGGGAAGCGCUGAAUUGGAAGGAGACCCACUCUGGGUGUGUGGCCUCGGUUCCCAGGCUUGCGUGUAUCCCAAGACGAGAUUUCCUACUGUAUACUGGACAGCGUUCCUGCUUAGAAAUAAACCUUUGGUUUGUUACACGUUGA